AUGUCAGGCCCCUUCAGCAACAGAGGCUCAAAUCCCUAUCCAAGCGAAUACACUUCCCUCCUCUCCAAGCCUAUCGACGAGGAACCACCGCUGAGCGACUCCGAAGAAGAUGAAAGCCCAUUCUCACAAGCUCUCAUCCUCGCCGAGUUCUGGAUCUUACUGAAAGACUCAAUCCCUGUGAUUCUAGCCUACGCACUGCAAAACAGCAUCCAAACAGUAUCGGUUUUGAUCAUCGGUCGCUCAUCGCCGGAGAACCUCGCAGCGAGUGCAUUCUCCCAGAUGUUUGCGAUGGUUACAGCGUGGAUGAUUGCUUUGGGAGGUACCACGGCCAUGGAUACACUCGCCUCUUCCUCGUUCACAGGAAGCUCUAAUAAACAUGAUUUGGGAGUCCUGCUACAGCGUGGUUUCUUCGUCUUGAGUCUUUUUUAUAUACCCGUUGCUGUCUUGUGGGCUUUUUCCGAGCCGGUGUUUUUGUUCCUUGGACAAGAUCCUCGACUUUCGCAGGACAGCGCGAGGUUCUUGACUUGUUUGAUUCCUGGGGGCUUGGGGUAUAUCUAUUUUGAGGUUAUGAAGAAGUAUCUUCAAGCUCAAGGAAUCAUGCGAGCUGGAACAUACGUGCUGCUUAUUAUCUCACCAUUAAAUGCCGGUCUCAACCUCCUAUUCUGCUACACAUUGGAUUUCGGCCUCUUAGGCGCACCCCUGGCAACUGGACUCUGCUACUGGCUCUCAUUUGCAUUGCUAGUUCUCUACGCACGCUUCGUCAACGGUUCAGAGUGUUGGGGAGGAUGGUCUUGCGAGGCAUUCCAAAACCUUCACACAUUUGCACGACUCGCUCUUCUAGGCGUCGUGCACGUUGGAACGGAAUGGUGGGCAUUCGAGAUCGUCGCUUUAGCAGCUGGGCGUCUGGGUACUGUCUCACUCGCUGCUCAGAGUGUUAUUAUGACAGCCGAUCAAGUACUCAAUACGAUCCCUUUCGGAAUUGGGGUAGCGACAUCCAGCCGCGUCGGUAGCCUACUAGGAAAACGGGACGAUGCCGGUGCAGCGCGGGCGGCGCAUAUGUCUGCCGUGCUGAGCAUGGUUUUGGGCGGUGUUGUGCUGGCUGUUCUCAUCGGGACGCGAGACCACUUUGCCAAGAUAUUCAAUGAUGAUUCCAGCGUCGUGAGCCUUACGGCUGAGGUAUUACCUCUGAGAGGAAUGGGACGGCAACAUGUGGGUGCUUUGGUUAAUCUGGUGAGUUAUUACUGUGGUGCAUUGCCGUUAGGCAUCUGGCUUGCGUUCCACGGUUGGGGACUCAAGGGUCUGUGGAUUGGACAAUGUAUUGCUUUGUAUUUGGUUGGUGUCUUUGAGUGGGUUAUUGUUGCGCGCAGUCGGUGGGAUACUGAGGUGCAGAAGGCUUUCCAGCGCAUGGAUGUACAUGAGACUUUGGAGGAUGGGAUUUGA